CCCUACGAAAGUGUGUUACCAUCUCGAGUCGUUGAGAAACAGAGGCAGCCAUGGGAGGAGGAUUGAAGAAGAGGAAAUCUAGUUCCAAAACCCUAGCUAAGUCGAUGAAGAGGAAAGGGCCUCACUUGCCCAACUCUAUACUGAGGACUAUUGCCAAUGAGCAACGUCCCUUGAACUCUGACGAAGAAGAAAUCGAUAUGAUGGAUUCCGAUGAUGGAAGCGGCGGCGAUUUGUAUGAGUACGAAGAAGGUGUCCCUGAAGAGGAAUCCAGGAAAAACAACCGCUACGACCGCGUCGAUAACUACGAAUUCGAGCUUCCCGAGGAUUACGAGGAUGAAAACGUUGAGUCAGAUGAUGAUGAUGAUGAUGGUGGGAACAGUGACAAGGAUGAAAAUGCGGAAGGCGAUGAUGUUAGACACACACGGAUGUUGCAAGCCGUCACUGGAAUGCCAAGUGCAGUCUUUGAAGGUGAGAGUAAGAGAAAACCUGUACUCUUCACUGAACCAUAUCCAGAGUCUGAAUUCAAUCCUCCCCGUGAUGUUCUGGAGGGUAAAAACCUCAUCACAGUUGAAGACCUUUUGAAGCCUCUUGAAGGAAAAGCUGGGUAUCAACAACUAAAGAAGAGGGUGUCCCGGAUGAAGAACGAUACUAAAUCUGUUGUCCAUGCUCCUUUGCCGAAGCCAGAACGAGAGAGACUGGAACGGAAAGCAGUAAAAGGAAUAGUUGAGAAGAAGUUUAGUAAGUGGUUGCAUCUGGUAAAGAGGAACAGGGAGGCACCGACUGUUUACUUCAACCAAGAAGUCGAUCUUGGAUACUCUACAGUUGGUGCAAUAGCAUCAGAAUUUCGACCCAGGACUGAAUUUGAGAAGAAAAUGGCUUCUGUACUCAAUGAUAAGGAGGUUUUGGAGGCCCACAAUGAAGAUGGGGCUAGGCUUCUUGAAUUGAACGAGGUUUCCAUGGAAGACCACAUCAAGUUCCGUGACCACAUUGCUAAAAUGAGGAGCUUUCUCUUCCGUCAUGAGCUAAAAAGUAAACGAAUCAAGAAGAUUAAGUCUAGAACAUAUCGUCGUCUUAAAAACAAAGACCUUAAGAAAUCGGCAGUGGGAGCAUUAAUGGACCCAGAAAUGGCUAAAGAAGAGGCUAUGAAGCAGGAGGCUCAACGAGUCGAAGAACGUAUGACGCAGAAGCACAAAAACACAGGAAAAUGGGCAAAGCGCAUGAUAAGCCGUGGAUUGAAUUCGAAAUACGAAGGAACUAAGGAAGCUAUAGCUGAACAACUUCAGAUAAAUGCUACUUUGACCAGAAAGAUGAACUCCACAAAAGAUGGAAGCAGUAGUGAUGAGAGCGACUCUGAAGAAGAGUUGUAUGACGGUUCAGAUCAGGAUACUGAAAAUUCUAGAUUGAUUGCAAAAGCAAAGGAAAAGACACUGAAAAUUCUGGAAGAUGAUGAAGUGCCCAAUUCUGGUCUUCUGUCAUUACCGUUCAUGGCUCGUGCUAUGAAAAAGAAAAAUGAUGAAGCUAAACUUGAAUUUGAGGAAGAGUGGGAGAACUCUGGUGGAGCAGAAAACCCUAAAAAGUCUGCUAAUGUUGGUGGUAGAAGAGUAUUUGGUGCAACCGCUAAAGUCGAACCUCUAAAAGAGUCUAAAAAGGAUUCGGACAACUUUUACGAUAACAGUGAUAGUGACAACGAUAUGGUUGGCAUAGAAGCUGAUGACUUAGAGGCUGUAAAAGAUAAUGAUUCACCAGCUAGAAACACUGGAACCAUUAUGGAGACCGAGAAGUUGGAUGAUGUUGUUGGAAGUCCAGCAUCUAAGACGACAUUUGAUGUUGCCUUAUAUGCAUCAGGCUCCUGGAAGAAGAUUCCAGGCUGCAAAAACGCAGAUUCCAAAAAGGCUUUAAAGACCCAUGUACCUAUUUCGCAGGGCCAAGAUAAAAAGCGAUCGAGAAAUGAAGAAAGUGAUGAUUCAGAGAGUGAUGCAGAGCAAAUGGUGGAUGGGAUUUUGACAUCUGCUUCAAAGGAAACCUAUGAAAUUCCUUCUCAAGCAGAGCUUAUAAACCGUGCGUUUGCUGGUGAGGACGUCGUAGAUGAGUUCGAGAAGGAGAAGCAAGAGGUUCUAAAUCAGGAGGUUCCUGAACCUGAAAAACCGGUUCUAGUUGCUGGUUGGGGACAGUGGACCAAUGUCCAGAAGAAGAGAGGUUUACCUUCAUAUAUGGUUAGAGAACACGAAGUUGCCAAGAAAAAGAGAGAGCAAGCUCUCAAAACCAGGAAAGAUGCUCGUUUCAAACAUGUUAUCAUAUCAGAAAAAAUCGAUAAAAAGGCCGAGAAACUUCAUACAAAGACUCUACCUUUCCCUUAUACAUCAAAGGAAGUUUUCGAACAUAGUAUGCGUAUGCCUAUUGGACCAGAGUUUAAUCCCGCGACUGUUAUUGGAGAUCUAAACCGGCCUGAGGUUGUGAAGAAAAGUGGGAUUAUAAUUAAACCGGUCAAGUUCGAGGAAGUGAAUCCAAACGAGAAUGUAGAUGAUGAGCACCCUCGACGCCAUCAGAACCAAAAAUCCAAAAGGGGUAGUAAAACUAACAAAAGGUCAAAGCAAAGCCAAGUCUAGAUGAAAGACCAAAAGCUUGGCUCAAAGAUUUUUGCAUUCUGAAACUUAUUUAGACACCAUUCCCAUGGGAACAGUUUUGCUGUGUAGCCUGUUUUAUUCAUAAACAAAAAAAGACAUUUCU